ACACACAAAAUUAAAGCUAGCAAAGAUGGAGGAUGGGGGAAAUCCAUCCAUGUUGCCACCAAGUUACACUAAGAUUAAGAAAGAACAGCCGGAAAUGUUAAGUGAAUUUGAUCAGAAAAUAGUCCAGCUCCAAGACGCUAAGUUGAAGUUCCAAGAUGAAAAUGAAACUGGACUGCUGCCACAGAGUGACAUAGAGACCAAUGCAGCAAAAUCAGAAAUGUUGAGCGGAGAUGAUAGAGCAAUAAAGGCCAUCCCUCUUCAAAUGAUACCAGCACCUACUGCGACUUAUUUUGAUGGAAGACCUUAUGGACUGCCCGAAGGAUGGAUUGUGGAACAAAGGCCACGGACAUCUCUCAAAUACUUUGGCAAAAUAGAUCAGUUUGUUCAUGAAGUCAAAACAAGAAAGCGAUUCCGAUCCAUAAAGGCUGCAAAAAAAUGGAUCGAGGAAGCAACUCAAGGUGGGCAGGCACAGGAGGCAUUACCAGCUUGUAAUGGUUCUGAGGCUUCACAGAGUGCCAAACCCCCUCGAACAAGUACUAAAAGGAGAAAAGCAACUCGAGACUUCGACUUUGCAAACCCACCUGACAAGCUAAUAUGAGUCCUCACUGAUGCUGUGAAUGGUGAAUGGAACCCGUAUGUCGAAGCUACCAUGGUUCCGGAACAGGUGAAUAAUGAAUGGGCCAA